AUGCCUCCGCAGCAUGCCCAGCAAUUGUGCGCCUUUGCUCGACAUCGAGGUGCCCACCUUAUGUACAGAGUUGUGCGGGAUACACUGUCGCAGUCGAGCCGAAUGAUCACAGAGGGAAGUGUUGAAAGCAUGAGGGACCUCGGGGAAGACAGCGUUGAUGUGGCGCCCAUCAGUUGUUGGCCUGAUCACCAUUCAAAAUCAGCUGAUGGACUCGAUUCUACAACUCCUGUGCUUCGUCGCCUGAGGAGUGACAUCAAGGGAAGGAGCAAUGAGAGAAGCAUCAGGAUCAUCAGAAGAGCAGCGUCCGCACCCAGAUCCUUACAUGCUAGCAAUGCGGUUUCGAGCAUCGAGAGCCUACCCUUGGCGUCGAGCCUGCAAGCGGAUGCCAAGGCUCUGCCAGACAUGGCUCACAAACGCCUCAGUACCCAGGUGUUGACAUAUGCGUAUCAAACUGCAGCGAAGCAAUUGCUUGCUGCAGAAGCGGCAGUACGUGCAAGCAAGAGCAUGCAAGGAUUUGGCAAGAACCUGGAUCACUCGUCUCCAGGCACGGAGAUCUACCAGACAACUUGUUCGAUCUGCCUGGAAGAUGCCGCAUGUGUCCGAAGUGCGGACGAGCUCUGCGUUGACAGAGGCUGUCAGGGAUGGUUCUGCAGACAUUGCCUUGGGCUCUACUUUGAGACGAUCAUUCGAGAGACGCCCUUUGCCGUACCAACUCUGCGCUGUCCAAGCUGUAAGGGCUUCGUGCCACCGUCUUGCUGGCAAGCACGCGUGAAAGAGGAGACUGUCGCAAAGUGGCAAAGCAAUGCCGAGAACCUCUUGUCCUUACGAUGUGGAAGUUGUGAUGAGCCUGGAUCGUUGCUCUUUCCCGGCCCCGAAUCCAGCGAGUCACGUGAGUGCUUGGUGAGAACGGCUUUUGGUACGCAGGAGCCAGAAGCAGCAGCAGAACUUGAACAGAAGUGGCAUGAGUUCGAAAGGGGACAGCAAAGCGCAGCGACUCUAUUCGAGGUUCUGCUAGGCAUGUGGCAUCCUGAGUAUAGCCACGACACAGCCGAUGGGGGAAAGGCACCCGAUGACUUCUGGGUCCACUUUUCGGCUGCCGCAAAGUUGAUUGAGGACGCCGGCCUUCGAGCUGUCUUGCAGUUGGCCGUGCUCAAGGUAUUUCCAAAGACGGAAACUCGCUGCUGCCACGAGCCACACUGCUUCAGAUGUAGGAUCGCCACUCACCACGAAGACAUGAGCUGCGAGGAAGUGCAGCAGCAGAUGUCGGAUGAUUUGGAAGAUGGAGUACAGUUCUGUCCAAGCUGCGGGGUUGCUACGAUGAAGACCGAGGGAUGCAAUCACAUGAUCUGCCUUUGUGGGGAGGACUGGACAUGGGAAGGACCCGAAGACGAGUAG